AUGGAGGAUACAAAUGGAGAGAAGUCGGAGAAUUCCCAUCGGCCGGCCUUGCAAGUCAUUGUCUUGGGCGCCGGCGGCGGUCCCCAGGAAUCCAACACAACCGCUCUUCUGGUCCGCUCAGUAGCCUCGGGAUGGACGAAAGGCUCCAUCAUCGCCGUAGAUGCCGGUGUUCACCUCUCUGCCAUUACACGCAUUCUCGAAAGGACAGCACCUCUAGGUCUCGGCACCGACCAUCCCCUUCCCCACAUCCUCGCAUCCGGGCCAUUUGCUGGCCUGCAGCUUACACCAAACAGCGGUUUGGAACUCACCUCCGGCGCAGUGUACCCAUCAUCUAUCGCCUCUUAUAUUACUCGCUCUCUCAUCGACACUUAUGUGAUUACUCAUCCCCAUCUGGAUCACAUCUCUGGCUUCGUCGUCAACACAGCAGGCCUCACACGACCCAAGCGCCUUGCCGCCUUACCCUCUACGAUAAACGCCCUCAAAACUCACAUCUUUAACAAUGUCAUUUGGCCCAACUUAUCUGAUGAGAAUAAUGGCGCGGGCUUGGUCACUUACACUCGGCUCGUCGAAGGCGGGUCACCAGCCAUUGGCGAUGGUGAAUCCAAGGGGUAUCUAGAGGUCGCGGAUCGCCUCGCCAUCAAGGCAUAUUCUGUUUCACAUGGCCACUGCAUCGAGCGACAUCCUCACCGUGGUUCGACGUCCUCCACGGCGACACCGCUCCGAUAUCCGUCUGUUGAUGCCGCCUCUAUGGCAUCCCCGCGCCUUUUGCCAUACGGCAUGGCCUCAAGUGCGGCGCAUAUCCCUCGAGCCCCUUCGGUUGCCCCGGAGCCGCAGGCCAGUGUAUGCGUUUACGACUCAUCAGCCUACUUCAUCCUCGACAUGGCUACUAACCUGGAGAUACUGAUAUUUGGAGAUGUCGAGCCGGAUUCCAUGUCACUCUCCCCUCGCAAUCUACAAAUUUGGGAAGAAGCUGCACCGAAGAUUGUCGCGGGCCAACUCGCAGCCAUCUUCAUCGAGUGCUCGUACGACGACUCACACUCUGACGACCGCUUAUUCGGUCACCUGAAGCCCCGCUACGUGUUGGAAGAGAUGCAUGCACUAGCUCAGAUGGUUGAGGAGGCGCGAGGAGACGCUCAUGCCUCCCGGAAGCGGAAGCGCGUGGCAGAACCCGACACAAUACCACGGCGACGGACGGGCGGCGCCUUUUCGCGCCUUGCGGUGGGCGGCGACGAGUCUCCAAUCAGCCCCAAGUCGGUAGCCAAGCGUGCCGUGUCUGCUGACAUUGGCCACGUACCACCACUCCCACCCGCGGCUACAUCGGUAGAGAGCCCGCACUUGACUACUCCAACGCAGGAACUUUCUCUUCGAGAGGCUGAGGGGUGGAGCGAGGCGGAGGAUGGGCACUCCAAGGGCCCACCUCUGAAGGGCGUCAAAGUUGUCAUCAUCCACGUUAAGGAUCGCAUGGAUGGCAGGGACCAAGGGAAACUGAUUUUGCAGGAGCUGCAGGCACAUGAAGAGGAUGCACAGCUGGGUUGCGAGUUUAUCGUCUCCCAUGCGGGACAGAGUCUCUACCUUUGA